GCCGCAGUAAGAGUCUGGCGCUUGCUAACAAGUCCAUAUUGAUUGUUGAUACCCCUCUUCACUUCUUCUCGAGCCACAACUUUUGCCAUCCGACUUUGUAAUCAACAACAACAGCAGUUUAUCAACAUGUCUUGCCCCGUGAUUGGAACCACCAAUGAUGUCCUCCCACCAAACCAUCCUUCUAUCGAUCUCGCAAAGGAUGGCCAGGUUUGCCCUGUAGUAGGAGCCACAACCGACCACCACCACAACCUACACUCGCACCCUCCCGUCCCCACCCAAGGCAACGAGGCUACAUCAUGCCCCGCUCUCAAGAACACUGUCAAGGAGACCAAGGCCCAGGAGAUGGAUGAUGCCCUCUGCCCUGUUGUAGGCACUGCUACCACUGUUCUUCCUCCCGACCACCCAGACAUGCUUAAGGCGAGUGAGGGCGACGUAUGCCCUGUCACCAAGGCAACAGUUGGACACCAUAAGAACAAGGUGGUUACACACCCAAGCGUAGACGGAGCAGCAGACGGUGCUGUAUGCCCAGUCACUGGCCAAAAGCAACUUGCAUAAGGGUGAUAUUGAUUGAAGGAUGGGUGGCGUGCGUAUAUAUACCCAAACGAAUAUAGUGGGUCAACAACCCGACAUUGGAUCGGAUAUGGGCCUCUAUGCAUGUCUUAACAGCUUUUCUCUUUGUAACAGCGUAACCAUGUUACAGCAGUUAUGCCUCGGAGAUGCAGUGCAACAUUGAAAAUUUGGGGGUCAUAAUAGCAUAGUUGGUAUCUGCUAUAUGCUACGGACGUCUCCUUCUUUCAUUUCUCGUCAACGGCAUCAUCAUGUGUCUCCGUAUUCUGUUUCUUGUACUCUAUUUGAUCCGUCUGUCCCGGACAGGCAACAUCUGUUACUAUCCCAAUGGCGACACAAACACAGACGUUCCGUGCGACCCUGACGCGCCCAUC